AUGGAGAAUUACCUCUUCCCUCAGAAAUGCAUUACUGGUGGUUGUCUGAGCUCCAGUCCCACUUCCUGGGCACUUAAUAUCCUCGCCUUCCUAUGUGGACUGGGGCUCUUUUUCCUGUUAGUUUCCUUCUCCCAGCCUGAUCCAUCCUUACCACCACAGAGGAAACACAGAAACAUCAAGAAGUGUGACUCAAUGGCACCCCCACUGUGCCCCAUCCCACAGAGCUCGUCUCCACACACCCCUUGGUUAGCUUCUGUCCCAGUCAUCUCGGGCGUGGGCCGCUCAAGCUGUCCCAUUUCAGCGCUGUCCUGGUGGCAAGAGGCUGCCAAAACCUGGAGCCUCUCCACCUCCACACGCUUGGAGUCCGAUCAAGAGCCUCUGGCCCACCCCUUACCAGAGGCCUUGUUCUGGGGAGACCCCACACACAGACAGGGAGAGACUGGAAUCCCCCCUUUCAUCAACCCUGACAUCCAGAAGCUUCUGGAGAUACUAAUCGCCAAGAGAACAGAACUGAAGAUUUGGAAGGAGAAGGAAAAGAAGGAAGGGUCAGACUGCCACCCGACCUCUUUUGGGAGAAUGUUCAAGUUGCCAGGUGACAAGCAGGACACCAUGGGUGACCAACACUUCUGGAGCUUGAGAGGCAAACCAAAACAGCUGCUCGGUCCUGAGAAGCCCCCACAUCCCAAGACUUCGGGAAACAAUUUACAGCAGAAAUGCAACCAGCUCUUCUGGGGUCUUCCCUUUCUGCACAGUGAGUCCCUGGUGGCCACUGUCAGCAUGACUGAUUCCCAACUGGAGUUCCCAUCUGUCCAAUUCAAUGAACUCUCUCAUGCCUUGCCACUCCAAAUUCAGGCCAACAUAGCUCCACAUCUUUCACUGACCCAACCACCUUCUCUUCCACCCGAGAUGGGGACCUGUGAGGUAUCUUGCCCUGAAUCCCAGAAGAAGACACCAUCUUUCAUCUCAACUGCAAUUCAAAACCUGGAAUGUCACUUUUUGAAGAAGCAACUAGAAAGGGGCAGGACCUUACCUGCUGUGGUGAAAAGAUCUCAGGAAGUCUUUAGUCAAGGUCCUCCCGACCUUCCACAGGAUGGCCAGGGCCCCCAGGGCCACGGGUCAGUCUCUGUCCUUCCCGGGGACUUGAUCGACACUGAGCUCCGGAAGCAACUGGAGUGGCACCUUUGGAAGAGGUUCGUGAAGCACCAAAGUGGCGUGCCCCACAGGAUCCAGCUAUCUGUAAAGCUGAUACAGCCUCACGGAGAGUUCUGGAAGGUGCCACAGGCAAACAGCCAGCACAGGCCCGCAUCUGAGUCUGACUCCACAGACAGAACUUGCCAGGCUACACAGAAGACUGGGUCCAGGUACCCAGCAAGGACCAUGCCAGGAAAAAACCUGGACAAGGAUUCAAGGUCUACUGCAGGGAGGAUCCGGAAAGAUCUACACAGGGGCUUGGCGAGCUCUCCAGGGAAGGCUCCAGGAAUAAAUUCUGAGGAGUCAGACACAGACUUGAAACCUUCAACAAGCAGCGCAGACGAGAAGCACCCAGAGAAGGUCCUAAGAGCCCAUUUGGGCAGGAAGUUGGGACAGAUCAGAGAAGGUCAGAUCCCUGCAGAUGUUCAUUGUUCCAGACGCACUGCCCACCAUGCCUUGGACCUUCUCAGAAAGCCAAGCACUCACAGGAAAACUGGAAAGCCAGCAUUUUCCAAGGGUUGGGAACCCUACAGGACCACCUCCCACAAUUUUUCCAUUCUCAGUCCACACACUCAACGGAUGCUAGAAGCACAUAUUAUAAGGUUUCGGGUGAAGCACAGGUGGAGACUACCCCUCAAGGUCCUUAAGCCUAUAAAUCUCUUUAAGUUGAAAAAGGGCUUCCUCUUUCCCUGGUCCUCCAUUCCCUGCUUAGCCACCUGUGUAUCUAAGGCCCGCUCCAAAACCAAGUUCUUGGGAAAACCUCCUCAGCCCCAUCAAGGAGAGAAGGUGGUAGAAGAGUCUGAUCCCACCUUGGGGAGUCCUCUCCCUGCUCCCCAGCCUACAUGUGAGGAAAUCCAGCAGGCCCUAGAAGGGACCUCACCACGUGAUGGCCAUGGGCCUUCGGAAGCCCCUCUGGCUGGACAGGAGGCCAGGUCACCUUCUCAGACCCUCACAUACAGCUUUGUGGGCAGAAUCUGGCACAGUGAACCUGCCUCAGGGACUCUUAUGAAUAGCAACCUGGAGUCAAGUCCAAGUCCAGCAAUGGCCACAAGUGAGCCAAGGAAGGAGAGUGGGGGUUGGGCCUCACAAGACUCCUGCUAUAGCAUAGAAGUGCUAGAGCUCAACUUAGAGUCCCAGUAUUUGAGUGCCAAAGAGUUCAGGGAUGCUGGGGAGGUCGAGGAGGCUCCCGCUUGGGGAGUCACCUUGGAACCCGGUGUGUGGGCCAACAACCAAACCAUCCAUGCAGAUCUGAGAAGAUCAGGGUCUUCAGAGAAAAGUGACAGCCCCUCGCCACCUACAGAGUUGGUCGCCCAAGACCCAGAAGAGCUAUGCCUUGAUGCACAGCUUAGAGAGUUUGAGCUCCGGAAGUUCAUGGAGUCAGAGAACCAGCCUCAAGACAAUGCCGCCAGCGUGCUCCUUCAAGACUGUGAAACUGGUGUCCUCCUUCAAGACUGUGCCACUGACAGCCUUCUUCAAGACUGUCAGUCCGAUGUAUUCCUUGCCGCAGACAUCUUGGCUUCUCAGGGGUCUCUGUAUGGCUUCCAGAGUGGGUCCAGUGAAGACACAUCAACUUCCCAGGUGCUGAACGGCCUCCCAUCAAGAGGACAGAAAAUCCAGAGGCAGCCAGAGCCUCUGGGACUGCGGGACCAAUCUAAGAGCCCGAGCAAGUCAUCUGCCCCCACUGCUGAGAGAGAGUACAGGAGGCCCCGCCCGAGAGAGCCUGGAAAAGAGUUGUCAGCACUAAAGAUCCUCCAGAUCAGUGAGAUGAGCCAUACUGUCCAGCACAAGGACGCAGUGGAGUCCUCAGGAAGAAAGGCCCGUCAACUCUUGCUGAAAAAGGAGACGGCUCCUCCAGAAAGCUACUUCAGAAGAAGGAUGAGGCACUUUAUACAGUGGGUUUUUCCCAGUAAAGGCAAAGGACUGGAAGAUUCCCUUCAAAAAGGCAAGUCUUCAUCAUCCCGGAGUCGGGGACCGGUCACAGGCAGAUCAGCUGUGGGGAGUGCAACUGCCGAGGCUCAGGUGCUCAUGACGGCUGUGGGACAGAUCCUACAGCAGAAAAUGGUGCCUCACCAUGGAGUUCAGGCCCCGGAGUUCAGCUGGUGCCAAAGGGAUCUCCAGGCUUCAGCAGGUCCCAAUGUCUGCUACCACAGAGUCCUCUCCUAUCAAGAGCAGAGGAGAGUGAUGAGAGAGACAACUUCCAAACAGCAAGCCACCACCAAGGGCCACAGCUAUGCCAAGACCGAGUGGAUCAGAAGCAGGGACAACAGGUUUUCAUCAGCUUGUUCGGACCACACUUUAGAGAAACAAAAGCACAAGCAAAAUGCCACCAACCUCCAAUGA